GGUGCCGGCGGCAGUCAAGUCGAGUAUGGCAGGUGCGAUGAAUGCACUAUAGACGACUCCUGAAGCCGGACGCACGAUGGAGACGGUAGGUGGGAAUUGCUACUCGUAUAUAAAGCAGGUCUUGGGGCCACUAUCGUUAUUCUCACCAGCUACCCUUCUUAAACAUCUCAGACAGUCUUUGACAUGAAGCUCCUCGGCGUUACCCUCGCUUCCCUAGGGCUUGCCUCCGCCGCUUCGGUUUCGAACAAGCAGAAGGUCAGCUACGAUGAAUGGAAGGUCUUCCGUGUCAACGGACCCUCCAACACAGCCAAGUUUCAAGAAGUUGUGAACAAGCUACAACUCGAUGUGUGGAAGGGCAAGCCAUCCUCCGGCGAUGUCGUCGAUGUCUCGGUUGCGCCUGAACAGCUUGCAGCGUUCGAGGCCUCUACCAAAGACUUCGAGACCAAGCUCAUGCACGAGAACUUGGGUGCAUCCAUCGCCGACGAGAACACCUUCUCGGUAUAUGCUGCCGGCGCUGUGCCCAAUGCCACCUGGUUCAACUCGUACCACUCUCUCGCUGAUCACUAUCAGUGGAUCACCGACCUUGCCGCUGCAUACCCCUCGAACUCUGAGGUCAUCUCUGCAGGCAAGUCAUUGGAGGGUCGCGACAUCAAGGGCAUUCACAUUUGGGGCAGCGGAGGUAAGGGUUCCCAGAAGGCUGUCGUUUGGCACAGCACUGUGCACGCGCGAGAAUGGAUCACCACCAUGGUCAACGAGUACGCUGCAUACCAGCUGCUGACAUCCACCGACGCCACAACCGCCGCCUUCAAGAACAAGUACGACUUCUACAUCUUCCCUGUCGUCAACCCUGACGGCUUCUACUUCUCGCAGAACAGCAACCGCCUGUGGCGCAAGAACCGUCAGACCACCCCCACGGCCAGCUGCAUCGGUCGCGACAUCAACAGGAACUGGCCUCACAAGUCCUGGAACCAGGCCCAGGGUGCCAGUACCUCUCCCUGCGACGAAGAUUACAAGGGCCCUUCUGCUGGUGAUGGUGUCGAGACCAAGGCGCUAAAGGCUCAGCUCGACAGCCUCGCUGCAGGCAAGGGUAUCCAGCUCUACAUGGACAUCCAUUCGUACUCCCAGCUCUGGAUGUACCCCUACGGAUACACUUGCUCUGGCACACUCCCCAACUCGGCCACAUAUGCUAGCCUGACCAAGGGCGCUAUUGCUGCUGUCAAGGCUGUUCACGGCACCACUUUCACCGGUGGCCCUAUCUGCAACACCAUCUACCAGGUUAGCGGUGACAGUGUCGAUUACGCGCUUGAGAACGCCGGAACGAAAUACUCAAUGACUGUUGAGCUUCGCGACACUGGCAACUACGGUUUCGUUCUGCCUGCAAACCAGAUUCUGCCUAGUGGUGAGGAGAUGUGGGCUGGUCUUGCUUACCUGUUGAAGAACAUGACCUAAGCACCUACUUGUAGGGAGUAUGUAGCAAAGAAAGCUGCAGUAGUAAGAGUGAGCAC